AUGUUCGCACUUACAUUUAUGCAGGAAGCUGUUCGCGUCAGUACACCACCGCUUGAUGAGAACACGGCCGAUGGCAGGCCUCGCGGCUUCUUUACUUGCACGACGCCGCCCGUCGAGUAUCCCAGCAGCUUCGGUGGGCGAGCCUCUUCAUCUCCUAACGAGGGAGGCGGCAGGCCCGACGGCCUUCGACGCAACUCUCGGCGAAUCAGUGUAAUCUCUACGCAGCGGCACCAGACGCGCGAGUGGUGGGAUCCCAUUCCCGGGCGCGCGAGUCGCAGGAUCCAGCAUUCGCCCGUGCUUCCGACGGCUUUUGAGUUCGAUAUUCCGGAGCACCUACCGAGUAGCCCCAUGUGUCCCGCAAAUGCCCGCCAUGCCGGGGGUGGGACGGGUCUCUGCGUUUACCACGGGAGGAGGCGGAAGAGGAACACGUCGAUGCUCAGGGAUGGGGGCGCCAGUCACAACAGCAGCUCGUGGCUGGAUGAGUGGACGCUCAGAUACAGUAGCAGUAGAUUUGAAGAAUGA